UUUUGUCCAUAAUCUGUUGAUUGCCAGUGCACCAGUCUACGAAACGUGGAACAGCAAAGAUGAACGCCCUUCUUCUUCUGUUGGUCGCUGUCGUUGGGGUUGCUUUUGCUUCUAGAAAUGAAGCAAACAUCCACAUUUAUAUGCAUCUAUCUGAUGAUAGUAGUGAUGUAGACCCCAACUACGCCACAACAAUGCACUACGCCCAAUGUGAAAUGGAACCAAACCCUUACCAACCCGCUAGUCUGCACCAUCACGUACAUGGAAGCAUCGAAAUGUCACAGCGGGGUGACGGACCUCUCACUAUGUCGUUCCACCUGACUGGCUUUAAUACAAGCGAUGACUUCCAGGACCAUAAUCACGGACUCCAGAUCCACGAGUAUGGAGAUAUGGAGCAUGGCUGUGACACCAUCGGAGAACUCUACCACGGCGAGCAUGUGCAGGGACAUGCUAACCCUGGUGAUCUUGGAGAUCUCCAUGACGACGAUCAUGGAAACGUCACCGAUACUAGGACAUUUGACUGGCUCACUAUUGGACAUGAAGACGGAAUUCUUGGACGUUCUCUGGCUAUUCUUCAGGGAGACCACACCAGCCACACCGCCAUCAUUGCCUGCUGUGUUAUUGGUCGUUCACAUGCCCAUUAAGGUGCAUUCGAAUUUGUAGAAAAUUUGACAACACCUAAGAGGAAACAAGUGCAAUAUUCAUAAUUUUUACUGAAAUACAUUCCAAAUAAAUUCAUAAAAACUCUUCA